AUGGAAGCCUCCAAGUUCGGUUUCGGCAGCAACACGCCGCCGGCGUUCGUGUUCAACCCCACGGACGCCGACAUCGUCGCCCACUACCUCCUGCCCCGCGCGCUCGGCCUCCACAACCCCCACGCGCACGCCAUCAUCGAGGACGACCCCUGCAGCGCGCCGCCGUGGGAGGUCCUCAAGAGGCACGGCCACGAGGACAGCGACCACGCCUUCUUCUUCGGCCCGCCCACGGACGCGUCGAGCCGCACCGUCAGGGGCGGCGUGUGGCAGCGGCGGAAGGGGAACGGGUACGAGGACACCGUCACCCUCGUGCAUCCGGCCGGCGGCCGCGAGGUGGACAUCAGGCACAGGAGGCACGAACUCGCCUUCUCUGUCGCCAACCGCGAGUGCGAACACGCCGGGUACGUCAUGCACGAGUACGAGAUCGUGUCGCCGCCGCUUCCCGGCACCGUGCUCACCCGCAUCAAGGUCCAUAAGAACGCAUACAGGCCGCCGGCCGCGGACGCGGGUGGCGCCGAUGGACAACAGGCGGAUCUACAGGUCCCAGGCCCGGAGCAGCCGGGCCCGAGCCAAGAACACGACCCCGCCACGAACGGCGAUGGAUUUGCUGGCGCGCAGGAUGGUGCUCUCUAUGACAGGCGGUGA